AUAAUUGUUAACUCAAUGAAAUAAUUAAAACAAGAGACUUUAUCAUGAAUGGUAAGAGGCCAAACUAGCCAAAUAAAUCACCUUCCAGGCAGAGAAAGGAAGAGCUAGCGGAAUAAAAAUGUUGGGAGUGAAAGGUGACGUAGAAGAAGGAAGUAUAACGUCGUCGUUGCUUCUGUAUCCAGGCAUUGGAAAUGAGGAAAAUGAGCUGCGUUGGGGUUUUAUUCGCAAAGUUUACUAUAUCCUCGCCUCUCAGAUCCUCCUAACCACCAUCGUCUCCGCUGUCACCGUCCUUUACACUCCCGUUAACAACAUCCUUCAUGGAAAAACCAUCCUCCUCAUUCUCCUCAUUCUACCUCUCUUAUUGUUGUUGCCCUUGUAUUUCUAUCGAAAAAAGUAUCCGUUGAAUUUUGUUUUCCUUGGCCUCUUCACUAUUUCCUUGAGUAUCUCUGUUGGUGUAGCCUGUGCUAAUACAGAAGGAAGAAUUGUGCUUGAAGCCUUGAUCUUGACAUCAGCUGUAGUUUUAGCUCUUACUGGUUAUACAUUUUGGGCAUCAAAGAGAGGCCAGGACUUCAGCUUUUUGGGUCCAAUACUGUUUGCUAGCCUCUUUGUACUUGUCUUGACUGGAUUUAUGCAGUUGUUCUUCCCUCUUGGAUCAACAGCCAGUUCCAUUUACUGCGCAAUAAGUGCUAUAGUUUUCUGCGCGUAUAUUGUGUAUGAUACGUACAAGCUGAUUAAGAGGUUCACCGAUGAUCAGUACAUCUGGGCAUCUGUCAAUCUUUACCUGGACAUUCUCAACCUCUUCCUAGACAUUCUGCAAUUGCUCAGGCCCCGAAACAACUAG